AUGGAUGCCGCUUUAAUCCCGCUAUAUAAAAGCACAACUCCACCACAAGAAGAAGUAGAACGGAUCCGCAGACUUCUCGUAUACCUACUUGCCUGCGACUACCAGAUCGGAGUACCCGUCGAACUAUCCACCACGGACCACACACACUUCGUAAAGCUGAACAAAUACGUAGCCCGGCUCCAACGUACGGUCGAGUAUGGCCCUGCUACGACAGAAGAAAGGGAAGUCCUUGCGCCCUUCUUUUGGCGCUUCAUAUACAGUCCUUGUCAAGCACUCGGCCUCUCCUCCAACAUUCUCGUCGGAAAACUACGCGAGUUCCGCGUCUUUGCCUCCUGCAUGGGCAACUACAUGGGUUCAAGGCACGGCGUAUUGCACCAUCACGGGUUCGAAGCGUUGGCACGAAAGCUUUGGACAGACAGAUACUUUGUGCUUGAAGCAGCGGUGCCUGACUCGGCUAUGCGCGCACGAUUCGAUGCUCGCAUCGCCAAGUACCAGGCCAUGUACUUUGAAUCUAUCUCUGGGUACGAGUCAUACACGAAGGAGAUGGACAUGAAGGGGAUUGAUACGAAGGAGACGGAUAAUCCGAGCAUUACAUCCAGACGCUUUUUGUCUUUGAUGGAGGGCAUGCGCUUCCAGUUGAACGAACGGGGCCGCGCUUACCAGGCUGCAUGGGAGAAGGGUGUUUGUCCAACUUUACCGAAUCGUUUCUCUCCUGAGGUGGCCUUUUCAGAUGCGCGGAACUGGUUGAAAAAGUAUUUCUUACGUGUUUAUGAAUCAGGCUUUGGAAAGAAACUGCAUAUUAGGAGAUUCGAUCCAGGUUCCCCUAGUGGAGAUAUGAGGUUUGCAACAUGCUAUCCUGAUCUCUGGGAAGAGUGGAAGGGGCACACUCUAUCGGCUUUCUAA